AUGCAGCGCAAUCUUCAGGAACAGAGCACUGUGUCCUUCGACGAGGAAAAUCGCGUCUUGGCGCGUGACACGGAAGCGUUCCUACGAGAAGCUCUCUCAUCUCGAAAGUUUGUUCUGCCGCCUUGGUCGAGGCAGGACACGCUGGUCCAAGUCGCAUGUUAUGCACAACGCAUUCGUCAGCUGGAGGCGGAUCGCAGGCGGCCUCAUAAAUGGGAGCUGGUCUACGAUCUCGCCAAAACGAAGGCCGUAUACUUGCUAAUGAGAUGGAGACUAUUUCGGAUCAAUGAUUUCCCAGUUGAGAUUAUACAACGCAUAUUCGAGCUUGUCGUAGCAUCUCCUACAUUUCCUGAAAUCUCGAAAUCGCGCAUUAAGUUGGCCUCGGUAUGUUCGUAUUGGCGGUCGAUUGUUAUCAACACUGCAAAGCUUUGGAGCGACAUUGUUAUCAACAUGCGGCCCCCAUUCCACCUAUUCCGUCUAAGCCUGCAGCGCGCAAAGGCCCAUCCGCUGACUCUGUUUGUUGACCAAAAGGAUCCUAACUGGACCGGUUCCGAAAAUCAUCAUCGUUUAAGUCCAAAAGACAUGAGAGCAUUGAUGUCUGUCAUAGCAUCAUGUCUUGAUCAAGUUCGGACACUCAUCAUCCAUGCGGAUACGUGGGCCGUUAUAGGGGCAGCUGAAGAAAUACUUCAGUCAGCGCCUCCUCCUCGCCAACUGCAACGUCUCGAGAUCCGCAGAACCGGAAAAACAUAUGUCCAGUUCAUCGCUCCGGCGAGACCACCCCCUGGAAUAACCUCUCCGUUUAGACUCUUUGGUGGUCGCCAUGCACCUACGUUGAAGCAUAUCUCUUUCAGCGGCCUCUAUAUUGAUUUUGCACCUGCUUCCUUCCGCGACCUCUGUGUUUUUGAGAUGCGAAAGAUGGCAGUGGAGCAGAUGCCAACCUUAUCAGACUUCCUCCCUGUCUUGCAAGCGUCGCCGCGUCUGGAACGACUGGUGUUCGACAGCGCAUGUCCUCAGCUCACGGGGCUCGGUUCCAGAACCAGUAUAUCUGGCUGCCUACCGAUACAGCUGGCGUAUUUGCGUGAUUUCGAACUAAGCAGUCUGACACCAGACUACGCCAUAUAUAUCCUCCAAGUCUUCCAAGCGCCCGGAUUAAAACGACUGACGUUGGAGCGAUUGCUGCACGAAAACUACAACCCGUUCGUGCUGAAGUUAAUAGGCAAGUUCCCAGAAGUCACAGUGCUGACCGUGAACGGACUUGGAGCAACGAAUACCGGUGAUCUAGUAGCGUGGCUACGCACAAUGCGAGUACGCUAUCUGAGGGUGGCUCGUGUUGCAAAUGAGUUCUUUGAAGCCUUGGCGACUCGAGCGCCAGUAUACCCCGUCGAUCCAACGACUCGCGUACCCGGAUGGGACUUUGUUUGCUCUCGUCUUGAAUCAUGCGAAAUCCUCCUCUGGACAUCUAUUGGACCUGCAGCUUUUAAGAAAUUUUGCAGUGAACGGCGAUCAACACUACGGAGGAUUCUCAUCUCACAGGCGGCCGCGGAGGGUAUACAAUCGGCAGAUAAAACAUGGCUUGUAAAGACAGGGAUUCUGAAUUUCAUCCCUCCAGGAGCAUUGCCGCAUCUGGAUGAGCGUAAGUUCUUCCGUCGAGUCGACAAUCGGGCCUGCCUCCCUCCACAUUUCCAUUUACCUCCCUCAUCAAUGUCAACCACGGAACAACCUGGGAGUGAGGCAAAAAUUUCGAGGUCUUCGUACUCGUCCAAAGAGAAGGGGAAGGAGAAUCCAAGAAAAUCUGACAGGACUGGUAGGAAUGCCCUAAAGGGAGUACCCGUAGCGUCCUCGGAAUACGGAGCAGAAGAGGAGCCUGAAGGAGAUGAGGCAGAAUGGCCAUGGAUGACGCUGGCUGAAUCGAACGUUUGUUCACGGCCUCCAGUUUUCACGAUCGAUGGAAACUAUUUCUUUUCUAUCAUUGGCGCAGCAGUCAGAAUAUACUCUGUUGCAACGGGGAAAGUCGUCUCAACGCUGUCGUCUUCCUCAAUGGGCAGUUCAGCGUCUCGCGUAACUUCUGGUGAAGGGCACUCGGACGUCAUUACUUCCGCUAUUCUCAACCCAGAAAACCCCUUUCAGCUCCUCACAGCAUCUCUUGACGGUGAUAUAAAAAUUUGGGACUUCCUUGAUGCUGUUCUACUCCAGACCAUUCAUGUUGGGAGACCGAUAUCUCACAUGUGCUCGCACGGCAAGUUCAAGGGCCAGGUUUUUAUUGCUGUCCCAACAAAAUUAAAGAAAUUUAGUUCCCAAGCUCACGACAAGGGAAAUACUAUGAUUUAUCGUAUUUCUUUGACCCCGAGGGAAUCAACCUCAUCCCAGCACACUAAGCCUUCUGAGAUCGUUCGCGUAGGAAAGACCAAGGCUACUGUAUCAAUGGGAAUCUCGCCAAGUGGAUCCUGGCUGGUUGUGAUUGCAGGGCAUAAGGCAUACGUUUCGCCUACAUCCUCUCCAGAGUCCGGUUUUACCAAAUUCGUGUCGCCCGAGAAACUCACUAGCUUUGCUUUCCACCCUAUUGAGGAUUAUUUCGCAACUGGUGAUGAAAAAGGCCAUAUCAGACUUUGGUACUGUCUUAACGACCAGAUGACUGCGAACACAGCGGGCGAAAGACGAGCGCAGACGACGACCAUGCAUUGGCAUGCUCACGCCUUGACAUCGCUUUCAUUUACCAGGAACGGUGCUUAUCUUCUGAGCGGAGGGGAAGAAAGCGUACUUGUCAUCUGGCAGCUGCAAAGUGGCAAAAAGGAAUUUCUCCCACGUCUUGGUUCACCUAUAUUAAACAUUACUGUGCGCACAACGGAUGAAGGAGAAGAGUAUCUUCUAGGAUUAGCAGAUGGGACUUACUUGUUCAUAAACCCUGGUUCUCUAAGUGUCAGCCGCUCCAUCUCUCGCAUUCGGUUAGAUCCGAAAGGCAUGGGCCGACCGCCGCAUACACCUGUUCCGCUAACUGCUCAUUCAAGGACUUCUACUCUAAUUCUUCCCGCGUCAUAUCCAUCAUCGCUUCAGAUAUUCUCUCCGAGUACUUCGGAGUUGUCGGAACUAGAGAUUUCUUCGUCUAACAGGGUAUCUCGGCGUGAUACAAAAGACAUAGAAGCUGCUCGCGUCGACUUCGUGGCAGUCAGCCCCUCAGGCGAUUGGAUGGCAACUAUAGAUGUUCGCGAUAAUGAAGAAGAAUUUAGUGCCGAGAUGAACCUGAAGAUCUGGCAGUGGGAUUCUUUAGCAUGGUCCCUCAACACGCGGAUAGAUCGGCCACAUGGGUCGAAGAAGAUCGUGGCUAUUGGAUUUUCCCCCUUAAGUGAAGGGAGUAAUGAUGGGCUCCUAAUGACAGUAGGUCUAGACGGGAACGUAAAAAUAUGGUGUAAACAAUCCAUCAAUUCGAAAACGGGACUCGUGGAGGACUUCUGGAUAAACCGGUCAAAUUUUACCUUCCGCAAUGAAGUCCCUUCAGAUGCCUGCUGGUCCCCGGAUGGAUCAGCCCUUGCAGUAUGUUUCGGCCGCCAGAUCGCACUUUAUGACCCUUACACAAGCCACUUGCUCGAUUGUUUAACAACAAUGGACGUACGAAAUAUAUGGCAAAUCCGUUUCGUGGGUAAGAGUGGUCGAUACGUUCUAGCAAGUGGUAGGAACAACAUAGUCUUAUGGGAUUUAGUUACUCGUGCAGUACGUUGGCACUACUACACCUACUAUACUGUUGCACAGGCCUUAGCCCACCCAGUUGAUGACCUCGUAUGUCUCGUGGUCCAGCCUUACGCCGAGGAUAGCGCAAUUAGGACGUCAAAAGUUCUGCAUUUCGGCCCAAACUCAUCAGAACCACUUAACAUCCGGUCCCUCCCAUUCCGAUUCCGCGCUGUGCAUUGGAAUCCUCUAGACAAUAGAAGUCAUUCUCUCAUCGGUAUCACAUACUCAUGGAACGUUGUACUCUGUGGUAGCGACGCAUACAUGCCCGGUCAGUUGGGCGAUGCGGCACGGCAAAUAGACCUAGCUGCUGGCGUGGCCCCAAAGAGAACCCUCUUCCAAGAUAUCUUUGGCAAGUCGGCCUUUACUGAUAGGGAUGUAGACACAAAAUCGCGUUCGUCUACGGUUGUGUCAUCGGAGAACGCCAUUAAGAGCAGAUCGGGCAUGUUAUACACCUUUGAUGUACCAGCAUUUCAGGCCCCUCCCAUUGAAACUCUGUAUUCAUCGUUAAUGGAGGGUUUCCUAGCCAAAGCUCCGGAGCAGGAGGAACCUGCUGGCAUAUCUGAGGAUCAUGAUGGCACCGAUGAUAUGAUCGUUGAUACAGAGCCCGUACAGAACAUUUCGCAACGGGUAGUAGAAGAUGCAGAAAUCAGUUCCUUGGUUGAGCUCUUCAAAGGUCAUUCUGUGAAUAGAACGGCCCAAGUAAGCCCUCCAAAUACUGGCGUUGUUAAUGGCGUCCAUAAAAUGCUCACGAACGGGACAUACUCGGGCGUUUCUCGAUCUCGCGCCUCGACACCAAAAACCCCUCACGCAAGCGAAUAUGCUAGCAACGGCUCAUUAAAAUCCACGACUGCACCUAAACAAAUUCCUGGCCGUUCCUCGCCUGUCGCUACUGGCAAGAAGCGAAAGAAAAGUACAUCAUAGACAUAGUAGUAAAUCAGUUGUUAUCUUUUGUCUUGUUUACAUCGCAUUUUUUACCAGCAUGUCAACCAAUAUAUU